AGAAUGGCUAAUAUUUUAGAUUCCUUAGAAGUGAAACUUGGGGAACACCAGGAUGAAAGAAUUCGAAAUUUAGCACGCCCCUGGUUUUGCAACCUAUUCAGUUCUGUGAAUUCAGUUUGUAAAACCGAAAGAGACAUGUUUCCUGUAAACCACCUUGUCGUAGGAGGAGCCACUGAAUACAUUUAAGCCUGCGCGGAAAACGACACCAAAUUCUUGCGAACCACCACAGAGGCAAGAAACCCCUGUCUUCAUUCAACCUGAAACGAACAGCUGUGGAUUUACAGUGUAGAUGAAAACAAUAUCGACCACGGGUUUGUGGAAGUACCGCUCGAAGCGAAUCAGGACCGCGCGCUCAAGGUCCACCUUCGGAUUCGGCUCCAAUCUGGAAAACAGAGUCAUUUGCCAAGGCAUUUCUAAACAUUUCGGACGUUUAAAGGUCAGACAUUGUAACCUGGCCGGGCUGGAUGAGGGACGCUAUGGGAGGCCGCAUGGGCUGGCCCUCAUUGUAGGAUGGUAGCGCAGGGUGAUGUGGAAGGCAAUGCAUCAGCUGCUCACACAGCACGACGCGACCGUCAGCCGGCUGACCCCUUGCCCAGCCGACAGGUCCGCCCCCACCCCCGGGCCCUGCCCCCGCCCUUGCCGCGCCCCCAGAACCCCGAGUGUCCCACGCACUUCCGCCCCUUCCGGAACGAGAAGGACUUCCGCCUCAUCACCGCCACCAGCACCAUGCUGGAGACCAGCGGAUUCUACUGGGGGCCCAUGGCGGUGGAGGAGGCCCACGCCCGCCUCAAGGGGGAACCGCUGGGCACCUUUCUGGUGCGGGACAGCCGGCAAAAGGACGUCUUCUUUACCCUGAGCUACCGGAGCUCCUCGGGGCCCGUCAGCAUCCGGAUUAUCUUCCAGGGCUCCCGUUUCAGCCUGACUGGCAGCAAGGAAUCCUUUGACUCUUUGUUCAAACUUCUGGAGCACUAUUCCUCUCCGCGGAAGAGCCUGACCAGGCCGUACCGGAAGGUGAGGCUACGGUCUCUGCAGGAGCUCUGCCGCCAGAGAAUAGUGGAGACGUGGGGCGGGGAGAGGAUCCACAGCAUCCCGGUCAACCCCAUCCUCAAAGACUUCCUACUCUCAUUUCCAUUCCGUUUGUGAACAGUGCCGUCGGGUUUACAAAACAAAAGCAUUAAACCUCGACCGGCACACACCACACAGGAGAUACUUGACAGUUUUUGAUGUUAUAUGUGGUUUUCUGCAAUGUUAUUUAUUGUAAACCGCAACAUUUCUUUGUAGCAGACUAUGCAUUUUCUGAGGAAAAUACAGACCUUCUUAUUGAGAGUUUACAUGACGGUGAAUGUAUACACUAUGCAGGAAAUUACCAUAUCUUGCCCACCAUGUGUCUGCUAUGCAGGCGGAAAUAUUUUUCAGAUACUGAAAAAUAAUUAAAACAGAAAAUAAAUACUGUUCCUUUUAUAAA